GCGACGGUUCAGUAAAAUGGCCGCGGCGGCUGUAGUUGAGACUUCUUCAGGUAAAGAUGCUAUCGCGGAGGGGUUGCUCGAUCUUCUUAAGCCUGCCAUCCAGCAGCUCGACCUGCACGUACACUCAGUCAGAGAAAGCCAGGUAGAAUUAAGAGAACAUAUAGACAGCCUGGCCACAGAGUUAUGCAGGAUAAACGAACAUCAGAAGGUGGCUCUAGACCUUGAUCCUUAUGUAAAGAAGCUGCUCAAUGCAAGACGCCGAGUAGUGCUGGUAAACAACAUACUGCAGAAUGCUCAGGAACGUUUGAGGCGACUUAACCAUAAUGUGGCCAAAGAGACAGCACGAAGAAAGACCAUGCUGGAGGCUUCAGGAGUGUUCACGUCCCGCUCUCCCAGUAAACCCUGACCCUCCUCCUGCUCUGCACAGCAAAUACUGUGAACUGUCUUGUCCAGGAGGGACACAUCAAUACAUGAAACUGUAAUAUGAGGAGGUCAAGUCUUCCUUGACAUUUACUUAGCUGCUUGUCUAAUCACAUGUCGAUGUCCUGCACUGCUUUGUCUGAUGUUAUUUUAAAAAAUCCAGGUUCUCUGCUUAGCAUUAGGCAAAUAGGUUAUUGUCUAAUCCUCUGGUAAAAUGCAACAGAGUCAGCUUUACAGCAUCAGCAGCAUAUACAUAAUAUAUAUUAAACAAAUGUAGCCAUUAAAAGGUCAUGACCAUCCACAUGUAUUUUAGUUAUAGUCUUCUGAUCAAGUGAAGGGGGUGUUACUGAGCUCUCCUUGUGUUUCCAGACUUUGUUUAUGGGUGCCACUGUAUUCUCUAUGAAGCUCUGCUCACAUAAAUGUGUUGUAGCAAAUCAACGCAAACCACAUUAUGAAACCGGUUGCAAAGUAGAUGAUAAAAAUGAAACGUGUUGUGUAGUGUCUCCAUGAUUAUACAAACAUAAUGCCUGUGAUUUUUGUAUGGUAUUGAAUGGAGGUUUAUAAAGGUACAUUCAUGUCAAGUUCUCAUUUUUUGGGCCUGUUCAUAAACUGUUUUCUAAAUUGC